AUGAAUUCCACCGACGAGGUGGCAUCGGGCUGGAGAAACUUGACUGCUGUCACCGAGGUUAUUGUCUCGAAUUACACCUUCCCUUAUCUCUUCGUUGCGACUUGGCUGGUCAUGAAGUUCGGAAAACAACUUCAAGCUCAACAGAUUCCUACCUGGACCGCGUAUUAUCUGGAUUACAAGGGGCUCAAAAAGAUCAUCAACUCUCUGGCCAAAGGACGACCUGCAGAUGCGGCCCUUCUAGCUGCUGGCAUCUCCCCCGCUAUCGUCACUUCAACUGCCACAAACUCACAUCAACAAUUAGCCGCAGAUCAGCAACUUCAACUACUUCCCGAAUCCUACAAUGAUCCCAGAGCGAGUCCCGAGAACAACUUGAAACUGCACAAGGCUGCCUUCUUUUUUAAAUUGGAACGAGAACUCGAAAAGAUCAAUGAAUUCUAUUUGCAAAAAGAAUCCGAUCUCAAGGUUCGGUUGAGAACAUUGAUCGACAAGCGCAAGGUCGUCCAAUGUAGUCGCACUCGCAGAUUGACUAAGGACAAUUCAAGUUUUGCAACUCUCUAUGAAGGAUUUCGACAUUUCGAGGAACAUCUCCGGAAGCUUCAAGCUUUCGUCGACAUCAACCAGACCGGAUUUCGCAAGAUUCUGAAGAAGUGGGACAAACGCUCAAAAUCCAGUACUAAAGAGCUAUACCUUUCUCGCCAAGUCGAAGUUCAACCGGUGUUUAACCGUGAAUGUAUUGCCGAAUUGAACGAUGCAGUCGCAGCAAACAUACUCGAAUUGGAGGAACUUCUCGUCGACUCUGAAGAUCGACAGCCCCGCUCACAUGCAUCUGAUCCUAGCGCCGAUCAAAUCUCAACCGAUUGGAAACAAGUACUUGACCAUCCAGGCUCACAGCGAACAGCUCCUCAAACCGCAGUUGAAAUUGAUAUUAUUGAAUUUGAAGAACUAGAAACUAAUCUUAUUCAAGCCGUCAAAGCCGACAAUCGUGAGCAGGUUGCGGAGCUAUUGCAUCUUCUGCCUCUUCCUAGUUCCCCUCUUGAACAAACAACAUCGGUGCGCAGCAGAUUGGGCCGAAUACUAUGGAAAGCCGCUCUCAGCGUCGAAGAACCACAGGCACAAGUCGUCUCCAAAAGUCACAGUGCUCAAGGUAGUAGCAAUCGCAUUACCAUACUUACUCCUUCGACUGCCAUGGUCGAAAAUGACUUGAUCCCAUCAUCUCGGCUCGAUUUCUCUUUCGUGGAUGAUAUUAGCGGUCGAUCAUGUUUGCACGAGGCUGCUAGUGCCGGUCGCACUAGAUUGAUCCGUCAAGCCAUCGAGCACAAAGUUUCUGUCUCAGCUCCCGAUGUUUACGGUCGACAGCCCUUGCAUUAUGCAGCCAUGAAUGGUUUCGCGCAGGCCUGUCAGUUACUACUGACCUACAAUGCAGAUCCAUAUUGCCUUGAUCACGAUGGCUAUACACCAUUGAUCUACUCAGUCACGAAAGGUCGAGUAGAUUGCGUACGGAUCCUACUCGAUUCAGGCAUCUCGUUGGAGCCGGUCAGACAUGCUGGUCUGCUUCCUCUCUCACUAGCAUGUCAGCAUGGUCACGGGGACAUCGCUUUGCUUAUGCUCAAACGUGGCAGCCAGGUUCUUGCCAAUCAGGAAGGAAUGUGGCCUCAGCACUUGGCCGCACGCGAAGGGCAUGCGGCAUUGUUACGACUCCUGGCGGAUGCUGGCGCGAACAUGGACGAGCGGGACACGUUUUCUCAAUGGACUCCACUGUUUCACGCGGCAAGUGAAGGACACGCCGAAUGCGUCGAGGCUUUGAUCGCUUCAGACUGCGAUUGUCAAGUUUUGGAUGAAAGUCGCAAAUGUCCAAUUCAUUAUGCUGCUUGGCAAGGUCACAUUGGUUGUGUCAACUUACUACUUGCUAAGCAAAGAUCUACGCGGUUGACCGGGAUGGUAAAACAAGAUAGUGAAAUGACGGCCGGACCCUCGACUGGUACUCAACGCGCCCCGUCCGCUCCCAAUGGGGCCUUACCUUCUGAAGGAAUCAAAUCCGGCAGCUUGAUGACGGGCUCGUCUACAGGAAUUGAGCCGGCCGACGCCGAUGUGGACUUAAUACCUGAUCUUUCACUUCCACCGCCCAUCAUACCAUUCAGAAUCUAUGGUCAUAAUUACUUGGACAAGAAAGCGUUAGUGCAGCUUUACCUUGGACAUCCGAACACGGCUCGAUCAACACGUAAAGCGAUCCAGUUAUACGGACAACCUGAGCUCACAUCCCUGAAGCUGGUCAUUAGCAACCGUUCGGAUGUAUCAUCGGUGGUCCAUAGUACGAUUCUACCACUUGAUUAUGAACGUGAAUCCUUCUCCUUCCACACAGAUAGUGUCGAUCACUUUGCAUUGGAAUUCGAGCUGUUCCCUACAUUUGGAACCAAGAUUAUGGGCAAGGCGGUUGGUCUGCCUUCUAACUUCGAAGGUCCCUGUAAUCAAAAGCCUUGUGUGCUACCACUCCUGGAUAAAUACCUCAAGGUCAUUGGUGAGGUAGCAUUUGAAUUGAAUGUUAUAAGGCCGUUCCGAGAUGUACAACUAUCAUUUGGAGGAAGGGUUGAAACCUACUGGAAAGCCAUGACCAACUUUUCGGCUUCAACCAUUCAAGGUGACUCGCCAAUGGGAUCCCCCUUUGGGACGCCAUCCAUCAAUCUCGCAUCGAACGCCUUUGUAACCGCUUCGUCUCUUUCUGGCAAGUAUGUUCAGGUAGCCGUCCAAGUUACUCGUGAUGGCGUGCCCGUCGUGUAUUCCGGUACCACUCUAAACGUUCAUGGUUUUGAAAUUCCGAUGUACAAUGUCACGAUUGCACAAUUCAUGAAGCUUGCCAACGAUCUUUCUCGAACGUUUGAUAGUUGCUCACUUCCUUCAGACGAUGAAUCGCCCCACCAUUGGCACGAAUUCCUAAAGAACAGCAUGGUAACAUUAGAGUCGGUUUUGGAGCGCCUACCGAUUAGCUUGGGACUGGAUCUUGAGAUCGGGGAUCCAGGUAUAAGCCAGCAUGGCUCUUUAGACUUAAACACCUUUGUCGAUGCGAUUCUGAAAACGAUUUACGACUCGACCGCUAAGACGACUCCUCAAAACCAGUCUCACAGACGUCGCAGACGACGACUCGUCUUAUCUUCCUUUGAGCCUUUGGUGUGCACUGCAUUGAAUUGGAAGCAACCAAAUUAUGCAGUAUUUUUCGCGUCCGAUUGCGGGGUGUCUGGAUGGAAUGAGUCGACUGGCCAACUCCUAACACCAUCUGGCUCCGCUAUUGAAACAAGUACAUGUCAUGGUAAUUACGAAUUGGAUCGACGGAGACGAAGUAUUUUGGAAGCAGCAAAAGUGGCUAAAGCAAAUAACUUGUUAGGAGUUAGACUGAAUGCGACAUUGCUGUUGAGAGUUCCAUCCUUGAUCCAAAGUACGAAAGAAAUGGGAUUGCUACUGACCAGUUUUGGGCCUGAAAGUAAAGAAUCUAUUGGCCUGGGAGUUGACGGUUAUAUGUCCAGUAGUGGCGUAUUUGAAUACGCUUCUCACGUAGAACCUGAUUUGAUUGAAUCUUAA